CCCUGCAGAUCCCCAGCAGAGAGCCCCAGUUCUGAGCCCUCUGGGCACUGGGUGGUACCAGGAGUGUGACUGGGGCACCCCCAGCCCCUCAGGCAGCCCACCCUGGGCCAGAAGAUGCUUUUCCCACCCCUGCUGCAGUCCGUGCUUCGGGCCAGAGGCUGCUGAGAUGGCUGAGAGCGCUGAGCUGCUGCCCAGCUUCGAGGAUGUGUUCAACAUUCUGUGCCAGGCCCCUCCAGAGAAACUGCUGAGCCUCAAACACAAACUGCACUCGAGACCUGGGCCCUGCAGCAAGGUACUGCAAGCUAUGGUCCUGCUUGCUCUGGGGCAAGAAACAAACGCAAGGAUUUGUCUGGAUGCCCUGAGGGAUGACCAGGCAGCCCAGUACAUCCAGCAGACCAAACUGGGCGCUGCAGGAGUGCAGGAGGAGGGGGCGGCUGUGCAGCCUCCCCAGCUGGAUGCAGCUGCCAUGGCACUGCUGGCACAGGUGUGCACGCUGCUGGCACAGGAAAAGCUGUGCAGUGCUGAGGCCAGGGACAGAGCCUGCCAGGCUGCCACCAAAGCCAGCCAGGACACCCAGCAGGGGACACUCAACAACGUCCCAGCCAAAGAACAGGACAGACAGGACUCUGCAGCCAGUGGGGACUCGGGGGAUGGGUUUAGGACGCUGAGAUCCCAGGAGGACACAGGAUUUCCCUGCACAGCCAGCCCCCACUACGUGCUGAGGAGUUCACCUGUGCAGAUCAGAGGCAACUCAGACCCUUCGGGCCCACAGACCUUGUGCUCUGAGGAGAGCUCCUCCCUGCCCAGCUGUUUGGAGAUCAGUGCAUCACCAACAGCUGCUUUUCACACCCAGCCCUCUGUGCCUGAGACUGUCCCCUGGUUCAGCAGUGCUGGACACCUCGAUGGGGACACACAAAGCCAGGGCCCGCAGGAAUCCAGCUGGGCCAGCACACCCAGCUCUCCCCCUGGGCAGGACACAGCUGUGUCACAGCCAGAGGAGGCUCUGCAGGCCAGCCCCUGUCACCCCACCCCUCUCCCCGUUCCUGAGACACCGCUGCCCUCAGAGCCUGUCCAGAGCAGUGACGUGCCCAGCACAGUGACAGAGCCUCACACACCCAGAGACACGCAGGAUGGAAAGCAGGAUGAAAAGCCGAAGGACGAAAGGAUGAAAUUCUCUACUGGUGUCCCUGACCCAAGGGCUGCAGUGGACACUGCUCCUGCCCACAGGUCCAUAGAGGACUGCUACAUUCCAGGCAUUCCCUGUAACUCUGCACCUGCUUAUAUUUCAACCUGUUCCCUUCCUCCUCCUACUUAUUCCUUCUCCUCAACUCUUCCUCCUCUUCAGGAAUCUCACUCCAACCUAUCACAUCUCCCUCCCCUGUGCUCAUCCCCCUCUCCAGGCUCUCCUGCUCUCCAGGAUCCAGCUGUGGAUCCAUCAGAGCCAGAGUUCUUCACCUUUGUUGUCCUGCAUGCCAGUGAAGAUGAGCUUGUGGCCCACAGAGUCAAGAACCUUCUGGAGAGCAUGGGGGUGUCCAACGGCGCCACUCUCAGCGAGUUCCUCAUCCCGGGCCGCAGCCAGAUGACUUGCUUCCAGGAGGCCAUGGAAAACUCUGCUUUCAAGAUCCUCCUGCUGACCAAGAACUUCCCCUGCAACCUGUGCCUGUUCCAGACAGGCACUGCUCUGAUACAGUCCAUCCAGGACCCCUCCAAGCAGGACUCAGUCAUCCCCUUCCUACCCAGGAGCAACGCCCUGGAGCACAGCCAGAUCCCUGGGAUCCUCAGCGUGCUGGUGAAGCUGAGUGAGAGCUCUCCUUUCUUCUCCAGGAAUGUGCACAGGACUUUCAGCCCCGAGAGGAUCAGGGAGAAGAGAGCCCAGUGGGAGCAGAUGCAGAGAAGGAGGCUCCAAGCCCAGCAGAGGUUGGCUGCCCUGAGCCUGGGCUCCCGUCCGUGGGCACCUCCAGCACCAUGGCCAGCAGAGCCAUCAGCCCAGCCCUGGUGUCCCCCUGCCCCCAUGGACCCCCCUCCUGCUCCCCAACAGCUCCCCCCAGGCCAGUACAGCAUCCCAGCAGGCCAGGGAGGGAUCCCCCCCCUCAUCAUCCAGCACGCCCGCAUGGUGCAGAUCGGGAACCACAACGUGAUGGAGGUGGGAACGGCCCCAGGGGACAGCCAGGAGCAGGCCAGGCACCAUGUGUGACCCGGGGCAGCCAGGGCCACAGACAAAACCUAUUUCAAAUCCUGGAUUAGAGUGAUUCUGCUGGCCUGGGACUAUUAAUGCAUCAAGAGUGCCAUUUUCCUGAAGCACAAAAGAAAAUUCUACAUUUUUUGUUGGAAAAAAGAUGUGGUGAUCACUUCAAAUUGUUUAUCCUUGUGCUUAUUUUCAAGUAACUGAGAAAAUUAUU